AAAUUUAUACAUCAAUCAUUGCAGCUACCUAAACUAGUUGCUUUCUGACAAUUUAGUUUGUUGAGGUGGACAAAAUGAUCGGCGAUAUUUUGAUAUUCGGGACCUUGCUUAUGAAUGCUGGGGCAGUGCUGAAUUUUAAGUUAAAAAAAAGGGAUUCUCAAGGAUUUGGAGAUGAACCUCACGGACCCACUACAGGAGACAACAUUAGAGAAUUUCUUCUGAGUUUGCGUUACUUCCGGAUCUUUAUUGCCUUGUGGAAUAUCUUCAUGAUGUUUUGCAUGAUUUUGUUAUUUGGAUCAUAGGAAUUCACCAAAGUGAAAGGAGGAUGUGUGCAGAGCUCCUCAAAAGACCCACCACCAUAAACAGGUCUAAAUGGGACAUUUCUGAGUAUGAGCAACUGUAAGCCUGAAGAAAGUUGCACCUCUGUUGGGUUUCAUGGAUCACUUUCCCUGUAAAACAUUUUAGGUGUUACGGGCACAUUUACUCUUUUUUCAUUGUUUUGUUUGUGCCAACUUUCUUCCAUUGUCCAGUUACCAACUUGUCUCCUUUAGCUAAUGGUCAGAAUGCAAAAGCUUAAUGGACCAAAUGCCAAAGUUGGCACAUCAAAAUUAUCUGUUUUGACAUGGAGGUCAUCAAAGUGACCAAGUGAGUUUGAACUGAAUCACAACCCAAGCAUGUUCAUCAUGUCCACUUGAGCAAGGUCAUGAAACUGAAGCUGGUGCAGUCACACAGUAUGCUGAUGUGUUUACGGUCAUAGUAGAUAUUGUGUAUUUUACUAUAUUUGGGGAUGCACAUAUUAACUUGACUGGGUUCUGUGUUAUGACAUAUAUAGAAUCUCAGUUAUUUGGAACCAGACCUUACGAUAUCUACAUAACUAAUAUAUUUGUACCA